AUGAUGUGGGACAACCCAGCAGCAUCAGUAGGAGGAGCAGCAGGAGAAGCAGCUUUGGGUAAAUUAGGUGCCAAGAAAAUGAAUGAUCAAUGUGCUUCACAGAUGGAUGCCAAUUCAAAACUGCUUUUCCUUGAUUCUAGUCUUUACACUGUUCCUGAAGCCUUUGUGGAGGUGACUGUACGUUCAAAUGAGUUGCAUUGUUCACUGGUUGGCCGUUGUCGGAGAGCGUUGUGCAGGAAAGCCAUGGAAGAGAACUACAGGAACAUUACCUCUUUUGGAGGGUUUUCUGUUCAUAGCUCUGACCUGCUGAGUCGCCUAAACCAUCUAAACCGAGGGGAAGAGGCCUGGGUUCCAGAUCUCCAGAGUUCUGAUGAGAGUGCAGAUGAAGGUCCAGUGAAGCCAACACUGAAACGAUGGCCAAAGGGAGGAAUGUGGUGGGAUCGGUAUAGAAGUCCUAGAGAGUACCCUAGUUCAGAGUCUACACUCUCAGCUGACGAACAGGGAAGUGAGGCUGAAGAAGAGAAACCUCAGCAUGGAAGUCACAAACAGACAAUACUUUGUGGAAAUUUAGUGGACAUUUCUAAAGGGAACGGGUCAAAUAGUCUCAAAGAAAAAGAGGCCUGUAGGAAUGGGUCUCAAUUGAAGAAACCUCCUCGAAGCCAGCAAGGAAAGCUAAAGGUAAAUUUAGCAAAUGUCAAUGACAUAACCAAGGAGAAGGCUGUGGGAGAGGAGCAGCAAAAUGCCUGUCUCCACUGUAACAAGGCUUUCAAAUCAAAACAAUCCCUUUCCAAUCAUCUGAGAAUACAUUUUAAAGAGAAUACCUACGAAUGUUCUUCUUGUGGAAAAACGUUUACAGCAAAAAAGAAGCUUAUUGAACAUUUAAGAAGCCAUGAAGAAAAAAAUAUUUGUAAAUCUCCAAGCAGUUCUACAAAGCAUCAGAAUAAUCCCUCAGAAAAAAUGCCUUAUAAAUGCCUGGAGUGCAAUAUGCGUUUUAUGGAGAAGGACCUCCUUUUGGUACACCAAACGGACCAUGGGGCAAAACGGCCCCAUAUCUGCCCUGAGUGUGGGACAGCUUUCAUUCAAAAAGCACAUCUUGACAGGCAUCUAAAAACCCAUCAGCGUCGAAAAAUGGAUAAACCUCCCGAGGAUGAGAAAGAAGCAAAGGUGGAAGAGUCUCCUGAAACACCUGAGAAGGAAGCCUCAGCAGACCCAGUUUGUGAGGCAACAGUUUUGCCAGAGAGUCCCACCAAAGCCCAGGAAGAUGAGACUGAUCUCUAUAAAUGCCAGUUUUGUGGGAGAAGUCUGAGGUCCAAAAGUUUGCUGGUUGAUCAUGAGAGAAUCCACAAGGAAAAGAAAGCUUAUCCGUGUACCCACUGCAACAAAAGCUUCCAUUUCAAACAUGUUUUGUUGCUGCACGAGACAAUCCACAAAAGACCAGCAGCUGGCUACAAGAAGAGGGGAAGAUCACAUCCUUCCUCUGGUUCCAAAAUGCUCCAAACACCAGAGAACCCUUCAAAAGACUCCAUUGAUGGGAAAACAGCUACUCAUAGCAAUGAGGUGGUCCCUCACUCAAGGAGAAACAUGCCCAGGUUGCUCUAUCAGUGCCAAUAUUGUGGCAAAUCCUUGAGCACGAUUGUUACACUUGCUGAUCAUGAGAAACUCCACAUAGAAGAGAGACCCUAUAAGUGCCAUGAGUGUGCAGAAAGUUUUGUUCGAAAGUACAACCUUAUCCGACAUCAAGAGAUCCACUCAAAACAGGAGACUUUAAAGCCUAACAAGUAUUUGAGAAGGUUGAGGAUGAAGAGCCACCGUGUAGAACAUUAUACAAGUCUUGGACGCGGCAUCACUCACAAUGUGCAACUUUUUAGGGACCCCAAAACCUUCCUAGAGGGCAGGUACUAUAAGUGUCAGCAUUGUAGGAAAUAUUUCAAAACAAAAACCUCACUUGUUAACCACAAAAUAAUCCAUAAGAGAAAGACGUCAUAUCAGUGUGUAGAGUGCAAGAAAAGCUUCUCUCAGAAGCAGCAUCUUUUUUCCCAUCAGAAAAAACACGCAAAGAAAAAACUGUCUGUGUGCUCAGAUUCUAUGCAAAAAAUAAGCAAAAAAUGUUUGCAUACAUCUCUCAAACAUGGAAAAUCGUGCAGAAAAAAGCUGGCAUGCAGUUGUCGUCGUGAGAGGAAUUUAAAUUGUAACGAUGCCCUCUCUAGGCAUGAAAGUGGCCACUCAGACCACAGAUGUGUUUUCUGUGGGAAAGGUUUUUUUCAUAUGUGGAAUCUGAAGAGACAUGAAAUGAUUCACCUGAAAAAAGAUGUCUUAUCUAUAACAGGGGAAAACAAUGUUUUGCAGGACUCCGAAGAGGAAAAGAUAAAACCACAGGAAGUAUUUGGAGAAAGAUCCAAGAUUGGAACUCUGGAGGAUUCUGGCCAGGGGGAAAGACAUGUUCAGGUGCAAGCAAAAUUAUCCAGGACACUACACAACCAUGUUCUCCACAGCCACAGGGAAGCAAUCAUUCCUGUCAAGAAGGUUGUGAAACCAGAAAUGAAGCUAAGCAGACAAAACAUUGCUAUUCUACCUUAUAGACAGGACAAACACUACAUCCACCAGCAGUUUCAGCCAAAAAAACAUUCCAAGAAGAAACAUCUCCAAACUUGCCAGAAAGAAAAAAUCUGUGUUGACUUGCAGUUGAGGUCACAGGCCCUGCCACCAAGAAAAUCGAAGAGAGAGAAACAUCUGCCUAGCUGGUGGGCCAGAUUUGGCUUCUGUCAGCAGGAGGAGAUAACACCAAGAAAGAAAUCCCCAAAGGCCAAAGUCUGUAAGAAUGUAAAAGAUUGCAGUACUCCCAAAAAUAACUCAAAUGCAACAGUUCCCUCCACGUUAUUGAAAAAUACCACCAAUAGCUGGAAGCAAGAGAAAUCCUGUUUCAGUUUAUCACACCACAGAACAUUUUCUAGAGAAUCCAAAAUGGAGACUAGUAAAAGAAUUGUUCAAGGGAGUUCAGUCUACCUUGAACAGCAAAAAGGUCUACAAGACGUUCUGGAGAGGAAACAGGGAGACCCUCAGAGAUGUAAGCCAGAUGUUUGUGAGCCCCAGUCUUUGUCGUUGCUCCCCGAAAGCAGUGUUCCUCAAAACUGUGAAGGAAUCAAACCCAUAGAAGCACUCCAAAAUACAGUUUCUCAAAACCAGGAGAAGCUGUCCACCAGGCAGCAACCAGAAGUUCAGUUAAUGCCAUCAGAAGCAGUUGGAAACCUCACUCCACAAAGUCACAGGGAACAAAGAAAUUGCUUUGAACCAUUAAGAACAAAAUUGUUUGAAGUGCAGAAUGGAGCUCCUGAAAGAGAAAUGGCUACUUGGCAUCAAUCUGAAGAAACACUAGCUAAACACGCGUGCAGUCAGUGUACAAAAUCUUUUUGGAGUGAAAUAAACCUUCUCAUACAUGAAAAAACCCACAAAGGAAACAACAAGCCCUUCACUUGUUCUCGGUGUGAGAAAAGUUUCUAUGCUAUACACAGUCUUUAUGUUCACAUGCGGGUCCACACAGUAGAAAAGCCAUUCAAGUGUUCCAAGUGUGACUUUCGCUGCAAUGUAAGUUCUAACCUCAGGAGGCACAAGGAAACCCACGUCCGAGAGAAACCCUUCCCUUGCCUUCAGUGUGAGGAGAGCUUCUGGUUCAGCCACAGCCUUUUUGCCCAUUUGAAAAUCCAUAGUGUGAAGGAGCCUUACAAAUGCCCUGAAUGCAAGCAGAUGUUCUCAAGGAAAAAUAAGCUCAAACAGCACAGGAAAUCCAAACACUAUUCAGGAUCCAUAUCAGCCUGUUCAGAUACAAGUUAGUGCCUCCCUUCUUCUGUUAUGGUGGAUCAUGUGCAUGCAUUCUUGGGCCAUGUGCUUGGUGUGGCAGAGAAGCAUUAUAACCUACCUCUAUGCUGAAUCUGAGACUGGGUAUGGCAGAGUCAGGACUUUCUUCCACACUAAUGGAGCAUCAAGGGGCAAAGGAGAGCUCCUUAAUGUAGUGCAAUGGGUUAUUCACAUGCCUUGUGCUCAAGCAAACUUUUCUUGCACCCACUUCCUGUAAACUGCAUGUGGACAACCCUUUAGAAAGUGAAAGAGUUGAAGUGCAAGAUAAGGUUAACAAAAUACUAGGUUCUGAGUAAGUUUUUUUGAUGAAGGUAGGAUUUUAAAUUUUCUCUGUAUCUCUGGAAGCCUUUCCCAGAAUGGGAAAGACUUCCUUUAUUUUUUUUAACCUUGUGUCUUUUGGGGUUGAUCAAUAGCUUUGACAAAAAUACA